AUGCUUCACGUUCUUCCAGUGGUUCUGGCGGCUUUUCCAACACUCACUUGUGCGCUGCACCAUGCGACGUCCGCAUUGCCAGCGCAGUUGGACGCGGAAGACUUGCAAGCUGUCCUUGACGGGCUCCAAAGGGGCGGUAAAGGGUUGAUUGCCGACGAGGCAUACGCGUUUAAGGAGAAGGAUGUGUGGCAUCCCUACGAGCUGACGAGCAUUGGGCGCAAGUGGGGCGAGUAUCAAGCAUCGCUAGCGCGUGGCAUUAGCGACGGGUCAGGGAAGAAACAUUUGAAGGUGCUGGUCGUGUCCGCGGUUGCAGACACUCUGCGGGAGAGGCAGCUUUUGGAGGACAGCGUGCAGCGGUUGGCGGCCACGAGCAGCGGCCAUGAUGACAUCUUUCAGUGGGCCCUCUUUCACCAUGAUAAGACCACCGAGAACUGGGACAACUCGACUCUGUUCACAAAGACGACUGGAACUGGUGAGAAGCUAGUUGUUUUCGAUCGCAAGGGCGCGGGCUGCAAGCUGCAGAACUGGGGCGCCUUGCCGGAAGAGCUUACGAGCAAGUACGACUUUAUCUGGAUGAUGGACUCAGACUUGCGGCUCGAUUUCUUCCGAUGGGACUUGUACCGGGCCGUCCUGACAACGCUCAAUCCAUUGGUCUCGCAGCCGUCAGUCCUCCCCCCAUUCGGUGGAGGCCAGUCCAGCGCAAUCAAGUCCCUGACAAUCCAUUCUUCCUGUAGCGACGGGUUCCCUGUAGCAAUGGAGUUGCCUCGAACCGAGGUGCAGGCGCCUGUGAUCUCCACAAAGAUUUGGCCCGCGAUUCGCACCCGUAUACGCAACGGCCCAGGGACAACAGAUUGGUUCACAGACUCUUUCUGGGAUGCGAUUGUCCAGACGGCGAAGGACUUCAAUUGUGGCCAAGUUGGACCAGUGAUGGUGAAUGCUGCGCCCGUAUGGCACCAAUCUUGGAAGACCCUCAGCAAGAAGGGCGGAGGCAAGUGCCCACCUUGGAAGGGAGCAGGGGCCAACCGGCGUGACAUCUCAUCCGAAGAGUAUGAAGCAGUGAAAGCGGCAUUGUUGAGCAUAGGAUGCCAGUCAAACAUGUCUCAAACGUUGUUCAAUUUCCUCUUCUCGGAGCAAGCACACGAAGGACAGAGGUUAUGCAGGCCUGGAGUGUCAAUGUGCCGCAAGUGGAUCGAUGGCAGCGCCAAGGGCGCCUCACCGCACACGUGCUUCCCACAAGCUCCAGAGUUCGCGCGAACAGAGUUCGCAAAGCGCGGCAUGGUGACCGCCGACGACACUGAGCAUUUGCUUGGCGGGCUUCAGGUAGGGAUCUACCAAGGGCUGCCAGAGAAGACCAAGCGCCUGAGGCCUCUUAGUCGCAUGCGCCAGCGCAUGCAGCGCUGGCAGAAUGCCACCGAACGCCUGGGCUAG